AUGACAAAUUUUAUAGUUAAACAUUUACGUACACUUGCUAUUGCAAGUGUUACGUUAACAUCAUCCUAUUACUUCUGUAAUCAUGAUCAAAUACGAAACCGUUUAUUUUCUUUAUUAAAAGUCGAAGCUUCUGAAUAUGAACGAAGAAAUGCAAAAAUAGCAUCUAGUCGAAGUCGUUUUAUCGAACAAAAGCAUAAAAAAAUUGAUGACGACGAUGACGACGAUGAUGAUGAUGAGGACGAUGAUGACAAUGAAUCAAAUACAACUGUUCAAACUGUAUCAAAUAUGCGUGAAAGACGUUUUCGAGAAUUUGCUUCUAUUGAAUAUAAUGGACAAAUAUAUAUGACACCGAUGGAUUUUCUUGAAUCUGUUAUUGUAGAACGACCACGACCUCGUAUUGGUCGUCGAAUUUUAACUGAUGAUAUGGUACACUCGAUUUUAUAUAGUACACCACCAAAACAUCGAGGAUCAAAAAGAUUUUUUCGCAAUCUUGAAGAUGCUGGUCUUAUUUCAUUUUCUGAAUAUUUAUUUCUAUGGGUGAUUUUAACAAAAUCUUUUACACAAUUUGAAAUUGCAUUUGCUAUGUUUGAUACUGAUGGUAAUGUUUAA